GAGGCCUGCUGACCUGCCCGCGGCUUGCGCGCCCUUGUAGACUCCACCGGCAUUCGGGAGGUGCAGGCCUGGGGUAGCCUCCUGUCUGGACAGAGAAGAGAAGAAUGGAGAAGGGCUUCACCCCAAUAGUGCCUUUGUAUUGGUUUGGCUAUGGCUACACAGCACUGGUUGCUUCUGGCGGGAUCUUUGGCUAUGUAAAAACAGGCAGAGUGCCAUCCUUGGUUGUGGGGCUGCUCUUCGGCAGCCUAGCUGGCCUGGGUUCUUACCAGCUGUCUCAGGAUCCAAGGAACGUUUGGCUUUUCCUAGCUGCUACAUCUGGUACCUUUGCUAGUGUUAUGGCAUUGAGAUCCUACUACUAUGGAAAAGUCAUGCCUGUAGGUUUAAUCGCAGGUGCCAGUUUGCUGAUGGUCGCCAAAGUUGGAGCUCGUAUGUUGAUGACAUACGAUGAGUAGAAGUCGUGCUCCAAGCUGGACUCAUGAAGAAUUCAAAUCUGAAUCUUCCACUAUUUUCAAUGUAUUAAGAGAAAUAAGGCAGAUUUUUUGCAUUUUUGACAUUUUGCCUAAAAAAAAAGACACCAAAUUGGGCAGAGGACUGGAAAAUCAGUUGUUAUCAUUACAACCCUACAGAGGUGGUGAGUAUGUACCACAAGCUUAUUUAGACCUUCAUAGAGAUCGAUUCUUGUAUAUUGAUGUUGUUGCUUUCUGUAUCUACUGGUAAAUCUCCAUGGUAAAAUGUUAGGUGUUGUCAUUGAGAACCCUGAAACCCCAUUCCCUGCUCAGAGGAACAGUGUGAAAAACUCUCUUAUGAGAGUUAGAAUAUCGGUUCUUUUGCUUGUCUUAAAGCAUAGACUGACUUUGAAAUUAUGUUAAAUGAAAUAUUGGUGAAAAUAUAGUUUACUGUAAGUAAUA